ACAAAAAACAUUGCUGAUUUUAAAUAAAGAUUUAUUCAGUGUGAGCAUGGAUUUAUAUUGAUAAUAAAAGAAGGGCAGCUCACAUCUGCGAAUAUCAGUGCACAAAUGUGGUACAAAUCAUGCACAAAUACACAAAUCAAAUUCCCUCUCUAUAAAUGGGUUAGAAACUGAACACGUGCGUUAGUACGCGCUUAACCGUAUCUCCGACUAUGUAAGCUUAGUUUCAUCGUAUAAAGACUUGUGCUGUUUGUCCUAUUAGUACAUAGUUAUAUUGUGUGCGAAGAUAAAAGUAUAAUUUCGUCAUUUUUAACGUAUCUCCUUUUUUAUGUGAUAACAAGUGUAACUCACGUUAUAUGUGGUAUUUAUAGAUUUAUACUAGAUAUAAAAUAUGGUAGAAACAUCAACGUUAGGAUGGGUCGAUUAUGCGGUUAUAUUUCUCAUGCUAUGCAUAAGUAUCGGUAUAGGUAUUUAUUAUAGGUUCAGUGGUGGCCGACAAAAAACUGUAGAGGAGUAUUUUAAUGCAAGUCAGUCAAUGAGCGUUAUUCCUGUUUCAAUCGCUCUAGUGGUUUCUUUCAUGUCGGCUAUCACUUUACUCGGUGUAUCAGCUGAAAAUUAUUACUAUGGGACACAAUUUGUUAUUAUAAAUUUAUCAUACGUAAUAGGUAUUCCUAUAGUUUGUUAUGGAUUUUUGCCAGUAUUUUUUAAGCUUCAAGCAACAAGUGCUUAUGAGUAUUUGGAGAAACGCUUUGGAAUUAAAACUAGAAUGAUGGCUAGUUUUGUAUACUGGGUACAGCUGCUUUUAUAUUCCGGAGUUGUACUUUAUGCUCCUUCCUUAGCUUUGGAAGCGACUACAGGAAUUUCUAAAACUGGAAGUAUCAUUAUAAUUGGAUUAGCUUGCAGUUUUUAUUCUAGCAUAGGAGGCAUUAAGGCUGUCUUAAUAACAGAUGUAUUUCAAAGCUUACUUAUGUUUGCUUCUGUAAUUAUUAUUAUUAUUAUAGCCUCAUGCGAAAUAGGAGGCUUAGACAAAAUUUGGGAUAUUGCGGUGAUUGGACAACGGAUAGAAUUUGACAACAUUUCUAUAUAUCCAACGGAACGACAUACCUGGUGGUCUAUCAUUUUUGGCGGUUUGGCUACAUUUUUGUCCUUAUACGGAGUCAAUCAAGUUCAAGUGCAACGUAUGCUAACCGUUAAGAGCUUAAAAGCAGCCCAACUAUCGCUGUGGCUGUCUCUGCCUAUUUUAAUAUUUCUUUCUGUGUCGACAUGUUUUUCUGGACUAUCCAUGUAUAGUAAAUAUUUUGCUUGCGAUCCCUUAACAGAGGGAAGAAUUACUACUAUGGAUAUGUUAAUGCCCCUAUACGUAAUGGAUACUAUGUAUCAUUUACCUGGAUUGCCAGGUCUUUUCAUAGCAGGUAUUUUCAGUGCUGGUCUUAGUACAAUUUCUGCAGCUUUAAAUUCUUUGGCAGCAGUUACAUUAGAAGAUUACAUCAAACCUGUAUAUAAUCAUUGUACUCGUAAAGAAUUGAGUCCUACAAGUUUAGCCACUAUUGGAAAAGUAAUUGCGUUUGCAUAUGGAUUAAUCUCUAUCGCAUUGGCUUUUCUUGCUGCACUUUUAGGAGGCGUUUUGCAAGCAGGAUUGACAAUAUUUGGCAUCGUUGGAGGCCCACUUUUGGGAGUUUUUACAUUAGGAAUGGCUACCGAAUCCGCAAUAGAAUCGGGAGCUAUAACAGGAACAAUACUAUCACUUGUCUUUCUAUUAUGGAUUGCUUAUGGACAACCUAGACCUAUUCCUACUAAAUUACCACUAUUUACGGAUGGCUGUGAUGUCAAUUCAAUCAAAAAUAUAACUUUAAGUACCUUUAGAAGUUCGAUGGAACUAUCUUCUCCAAAAAUUGACGAUAAUCACUAUUUUUAUUUAUAUCGCAUAUCAUAUAUGUGGUAUGCACCACUUGGGUUCCUGAUUACUUUUAUCGUUGGUUUACUAGUUAGUAACAUAAUUCGGUGCAUAUCUAAGCAAACUCAAAAAGAGUUAGAUCCUAAUUUGCUGUUUCCAAUAAUUGGAAAACGCUUAAGCAAUAAACGAUCUCUUCAUUUCGAACGCAACGAGUUGGCAGAUUCGAAUAGGAAAUUAGAAGGAAAAUAUAUAUUAAAUGCUGAACAGGUUGAAGAAGGGGAACUAAUUAGUACAAACAAAAUGCGACCACGGCUGUUCGUGCUGUUCUUAUUUCUGUCGGCUUCCUCGGCGGAGCAACGACGAGUCGAAGCAGACGAGGAGAAUUGCGAAGAAGAUCGACCCUUCUUACUCCAUUAUUUUUCUUGGGCCGAUUAUGCGGUUCUUUGCUCGAUGCUACUCAUCUCCUGCAUGAUAGGCACCUUCUAUGGUUUUUUUGCAAAAAAACAAGAAACCAGCGAGGAUUUUCUUCUCGGGGGCUCCACCAUGGGUACCUUCCCCAUGGCCAUGUCCCUAGCCGCGAGUUUUAUCACGGCCAUCGAACUCCUUGGAAAUCCUGCCGAGAUGUAUGCUCAGGGCACUCAAUUUUGGAUGACCUGCCUAGCUUUUAUUUUAGUGGUACCGAUCACUUCUUAUCUCUAUUUGCCAGUUUAUAUGAAGCUCAGAUUGACGUCCAGCUACGAGUACUUGAAUUUACGCUUCGAUCGACAUUGUAGAUUGCUUGCAAGCGGAUUAUAUAUGCUUCAAAUGAUUUUUUAUACGUCCGUUGCUGUCUACGCGCCGGCGUUAGCUCUAAGUCACGUCACAGGCCUUAAUACUUACAUAGCUGUUACUCUAGUCUAUUUCGUCUGCAUAUUUUACGCAUCGCAGGGUGGUAUGAAGGCGGUCAUAAUGGCCGACACGUUUCAAGCAGCCGUUCUCCUAGGAUCUCUCUUCCUCAUAGUCGGCUUAGGCAUCUCCUGGGCAGGCGGAUUUUCAUUGGUUUGGGAAGAGAAUCGAGUAAGCGGAAGGAUAGAGUUCUUCAAUAUGGAUCCAAGACCAACGGUACGACACAGCUUUUGGAGCGUCGUCGUUGGGGGUACUUUCUAUUGGACCACCAUGUAUUGCAGUAAUCAGGCUUCCGUCCAAAAAUAUCUCAGCGUUUCAAGCAUCUCUCAAGUCAGAACGGCUUUGUGGGUUUCCAGUUUCGGAAUGAUCAUAAUAUAUACGGUGAAUUUUUUAACGGGCAUGGUACUUUAUAGCGUUUACAAAGACUGCGAUCCGCUUUCGGCCCAUUACAUAAGCGGCUCCGAUCAAAUACUGCCCCUAUACGUAAUGAAUUUUUUGGGAAAUCUUCGCGGUAUGCCCGGUUUCUUCGUCGCUGGUAUCUUUGCAGCAUCCUUGGGAACGGUCGCAAGUGCUUUAAAUUCUUUGGCUGCGAUCACGUGCGAAGAUAUUCUGCAAGGACUUUUCAAGAUGGAGUUACCCGCUCGCAAGGGAGCAAUUUAUGCCAAGUGGAUCAGUAUAUUAUUUGGCGUCCUUAGUUUCGCUCUCGUCUUCGUCGUGGAACAACUCGGUAGCGUUCUCCAGGUGGCUUUGUCGUUCAAUGGUAUGGUGGGUGGAGUUACCCUGGGAUUAUUCUCUUUGGGUAUGUUCGUACCGUGGGCUAACGCCAAGGGGGCCAUGUUAGGAGCAAUUACCAGCCUCAUGAUAAUUCUAUGGAUUGGUUUAGGAGCUCAAGUAGCGAUUAUCAAUGGUUACAUUAAUCUUGAGAAUAAACCUCUUUCAAUAAGAGACUGUCUGUGUUUAAACGACACGGUCGAGCCGACAAUAGCGGAGACGAGAUUUACGGAGGAAAAUGAUUAUUACGAGAUUUCUUCCAUUUAUAAGACGAGCUAUCUCUGGUACAGCGCUAUCGGUUGUAUCCUGACGUUGAUACUGGGUUUCGCGAUCAGUCUCAUGACCGGUAUUCAAAAUCCGGCCGAACUCGAUGAAGAUCUUCUCAGUCCUCCGGUAGCAGCCAUAGUUCGCUUGCGAACGAAGAGACGAGCAAACAAGAACAACAUUCAAGGGGUUGCAAACUUGGGCCUAGAACUCGACGACGAGAAAGCGGACGCUCGAAAAAAUCCAAAGUGAUUGUCUCAUUAGGAACUUUAAUGCGAACAUUACGAUCUUACGUGUACGGAUAAUAUUUAUAAAGAGUCAGCUGGACUGUCAGUUCGAUCUGUAUCGCAAGAUUUUACGAAUUUAUCGAAUUAUUAACCUGUUAUAACACGAAAGAUCUAACUAACAUUCGCGAUAACGUUAAAAGAUAAGUGUAUCUAUCAUCUAACAAGUAGACUAUAUCUACAAACGAAACGGUUGUACGAAUAGAUUUAAGUCGAUCGUUUCUUCAGCUUUUCAGAGCUUUUCAGAGCUACUUUAAUAUUAUUGUAUUUUUUUUUUUUUUUGCUGACUAAUUUCGUUGUUGUAUUGGUAUUAUUAUUAUUAUUAUUAUUACAUAUUAUUGUCAUUGUGGUGAUGCGUUGUUUCUCCUACAAACUCAGGUUUCGAUAGAAUUUCUUUACAUUUUUUCAUUUUGAUUUUCGCGGAAGAGUUGGAAUAUUUGUGUGAUUUAUAUUGCAAGACGCAAGCUUUUUCCUUCUAUCCUCUUCGUAUGAUUGUACAUUCGAUAUCGAACAGAAAUAGAAUUUUCAUAAUCAGUUUUUAAGACUACAUAUUUUUAUGUCAAAAAAAUGGACCAAGAGAAAAGAAAAAUACAAACAUUGAAGGGUACAUUUUCUCAUGUCCAUUGAUGGAUUUUUUCUUUUCGUGCUGUUAUCUUAAUGAUUUUAUUUAAUGAACAAACUUGAAACUGUCAAGAUUUGUUGAUGUACGUUAGUUUGUUGAAUAAAUGUACGAUCAAGUA